GAGUUUAUCCGGAAAUUUACCGAAACGGGCCAGCUCAGCAAGUUUCAUUUAGAGUAGCGAGCACACCCUUUUGGAUCUCUCAAACGGAUUGAUGAUUGAGGCAAAUGCCAUAUUCUCUGACCAUGACAGAUGAGAUGGGACCUGCUGAUCAGAUCGAGAUCUGGAACAAGGAUCAGGAAGACGUGGUGGAAGUCACCCAUAUGAACGAGAGGACUCUCCAUGACGAAGACCAAGCAGAGGGCAGUCGUCCGUCAAAAGUAGCCAGAAAAGAGAAAAAACGGAGACAGACGCAGGCCUGCGACGCUUGUAGGGCGAGGAAGGUCAAAUGUGAUCGGACAGAUCCUGGCAAUGCGGCGUUGGGCAUGGCCAGUCCAAGCAAAUGUGGACCUUGCAGGGCUGUCGGCGUGCCAUGUACUUUCAAUUACACUCAAAAGAAGCGUGGACCGCCGAACCAGGUUGUCAAACAAUUACAGACUGGGUCCGAAGCUGAGGAGCCUGCGUCUCCGGAUAUCUCUCAGUCCAUGUCAGUCUCAAGAUCGCUACCCGCCCAGCUGUCAUCUGCGCUACGCUAUCCACCAAAUCCUGCCCGUCAAGAAGUGUCAGCGCCCUAUGUCACUGCCACGAGCUAUUAUCGCUCGUCAAUUGUACCUGGUAAUCUGGGUCAAGGCACACUAGCAGAGCAGCAUGCCAUGCAAGCCAGCGCACUUAUGAGGCAGGGCGCCUCGUUUGGCAAAUUUAGGGCCAUAGACGUGGAACGAGAUUGGGAGCCUCAUCUCUUGAUGACAUUGGAGGCUACCGCCCCUGGAGGCAGAGCGUAUCAAUUCUUCCGGAAGGAAGAAACCCCUCGAGCCGCCAGCGAGCGACAGCAGUCUAAUCCACCGCUAAGUCCGCUUACUCUCGCAUCACUUGGCCUGUCUCGUACAAGUCACGGGAACCAUACACCCUCGAUUCACCCAAGGAUGAUCGACCUGUCUGUUCAGCCUCGAGGCCCCUUGGACUCCAUCAUGCCGCGCUGGCGAUCCCUUCGGGUUAUGGAGCUAUUCUUCGACUACGUAUACCCUCUGAGCCCCUCCUUCGACCAGAUCCAGCUCAUGCGUGAUCUGCAAGCUCGGCGUGAAACUCAAGAAGGAGAGACCGAUUGGACUGCAAUGGUCCUCGCUAUCAUGGCUCAUACACUGGCCCAGAUCCCAUCUUGCUUCGUGCCUUUGUCCAAGAGCGAAGCGAGCGACCUCAUGGGCAAAUGUUACCGAUCGGCACGAAAAAUGCUGGAAGAGGAAUACGAGGAUGCGAGCCUAGAGAGGGUCGCGGCAUUGGGUCAUCUCGCAUGGACAGCCAGGAUCACAGGUCGCAGUGCCGUUGCGAAAAGCCUGACAGGGCAAGCAUGGGCCACGAUCCUUGAUUUACGGUUGGACAAAUCAUUGGACUUCGGAGCCCAGGAGACGAUGGUACAUGAACGCACUUUUGAGCUUGUCUCAAUACUGGAUAAGACUUUGGCAUUCUCCGAUCGACUGUAUCCAAUCAUUCCUUCAGACUUCAGGUUGAAGAUCAACCAAACCCUAUCAACCCUGUUGCCGAACGAAAUGGGUGAUUAUCUUGUGACAGGUCUACUCGAAGAUCUCCGUCAUGGACGGCCGAAUAGAUUGAUCAAUGAGCUGUAUACAUUGCUCGGCUGCGUAGCAGAGUGGAGGCAUCAGGGCACAGACCAGAUCGUGGACGCUGAUACGGACUGGACUCUUCGCCGCUUCGAGUUGAUUGAGCAAGCUCUGGAUCGGAAGACUGGCGCAUUCGAUGGCUGGCUAAUAAACGAGCUGUUCCAGCAAGAGGAGAUUAUGACCGAGGCGAGCAAAUCGUUAGAGGAUCAAGACACAGAUGUCAGGACGCUCUUCGCCGAACCUAAUUCCACCUCGCAUAUUCACGAGGACACUGGUCUCCUACAAUGGGUACAAUUUGAGCUCGUCAUUUGCUUGGCACACUGUAGUCUUUCAAGCUACGCCGAUGAAAUCCUCGAUGAUCUGCGGUCUGAGGACCCAGACGCGGCUGCCAGAUUGGUCAAGUUCGCACCACAAAAUGGCAAGACUAUCCUUUACAACUCUGUGGACAACCGUGUUCUCGAUCUCAUGGAUGAUGGGGCAACAGCCUGGAUGGAGGAGGUAGAACAGAAAGUCUUUGUCUGCCUCGAGAAAGUCCCCAUGCAGGUGAUCUGCCUGAAUCACCCGACCCUGGUUCCUCUUAUCCGAGAGCUGUUUAGACGUAUCUCGGGUCAUUGGUCCAACGCGGGAUCUGACCUGCCUUCUGCUGGACGGCCGACCCGGUCUCGCGAGUUUCUUACUGAAUAUCAUUCCAGACUCGACAGUCUGAGUCACCUCUGGUCCGACGUUGGUACACCUUGAGUCCAAAAUGGAUCCAGUUAUGCCUUUGCAAGCUCCCGGCUUGCAUGUAUUUUUGCGUAGAUCAGGUCUU